AUGUCUCGCCUCCUCCGCCUCCGCCCCCUCCUCAACCUCUCAAAGACCUCAAUCCCAACCCGCUUCUCCUCAACCUCAGCCUUCUCCCGCGGUCCCGCGCCACCGCGCCUCCCAGCAGACCAACAAGCCGAAUUCGAGCGUCUCCAGCGCCAGGCCUCCGUCUCAAGCGCCUUCCAACACCUCGUCGAAGAGCAACCUGAAUCUCCCGCCGACGCCUCAUCUACCUCUGCCGACCCAUCUUCCUCCCCAGUCGGCGCCGAGGCUACCACAACAGCAUCCACGAGCGAACCUACCACUACCGCGACCGCAACAGCGACCCCCACAAUCGCAGCAACGGACGAAGACACAAUGCAUCCAAACUACGUCCGCGGCGCCCCCGCAGAGUUUGAGGGCGACGUCAACCCGCGCACCGGCGAGGUCGGCGGGCCCAAGAGGGAGCCGCUUCGUUGGGGCUCUGGUGGUGAUUGGAGCUACAACGGUCGCGUGACGGAUUUCUAG